GGACCCUCUGCUAAAUUUCCCAUGGGUGAAUCAAGGCUUCGUCUGAGCAAGCCAGAAACGGAGGCUUUUCCUCUAACCCACUUGCUGGCUGAACCGAGUGCGCCAGGUCUCAGAGUGGCUUAGCCAGGCCGGCAGCAGCAACAGAGGACGCUUGCGGACUGCGGGAGGGAGAGCGCCCCGGCAUCGCCCCUCGGAGCAGAGGCGCCAUGGCCGAGCCCAAGGGCACGGUGGUGCUCGCCUACAGCGGGGGCCUGGACACCUCCUGCAUCCUGGUGUGGCUGAAGGAGCAGGGCUACGAGGUGGUGGCGUUCCUGGCCAACAUCGGGCAAAAAGAAGACUUUGCAGAGGCGCGCAAGAAAGCGCUGGCCCUGGGGGCCAAGAAGGUCUACAUCGAGGACGUGAGCCGGGAGUUCGUGGAGGAGUUCAUCUGGCCGGCGGUGCAGGCCAACGCGCUCUACGAGGACCGGUACCUGCUGGGCACCUCGCUGGCCCGGCCCUGCAUCGCCCGCAAGCUGGUGGAGAUCGCCCGGAAGGAGGGAGCCCGCUUCGUCUCGCACGGUGCCACGGGCAAGGGCAACGACCAGGUGCGCUUCGAGCUCUCCUGCUACGCCCUGUGUCCCGGCAUCAAGGUCAUCGCGCCGUGGAGGCUGCCUGAGUUUUACCACCGCUUCCCGGGGCGCCGCGAGCUGAUGGACUACGCGGAGAAACACGGCAUCCCGGUGCCGGUGACUCCCAAGGCGCCCUGGAGCAUGGACGAAAACCUCAUGCACAUCAGCUACGAAGCCGGGAUCCUGGAGAACCCCAAGAAUCCAGCUCCCCCCGGGCUCUACACGAAGACGCAGGAUCCAGCCACCGCCCCGGACACCCCGGACACGCUGGAGAUUGAGUUCAAGAAGGGUGUCCCCGUGAAGGUCACCAACACCAAGGACGGAGCCACCCGCCAGGCGGCCCUGGAGCUCUUCGUCUACCUGAACGAGAUCGCGGGCAAGCACGGCGUCGGGCGGAUCGACAUCGUGGAGAACCGCUUCAUCGGGAUGAAGUCCAGAGGUAUCUAUGAGACCCCAGCAGGAACGAUCCUAUACCAUGCGCAUUUAGAUAUUGAGGCCUUCACCAUGGACCGGGAAGUACGGAAAAUCAAGCAGGGGCUUGCCUUGAAAUUCUCCGAGCUGGUGUACAACGGCUUCUGGCACAGCCCCGAGUGCGAAUUCAUCCGCCACUGCAUCAGCCGCUCCCAGGAGCUGGUGGAGGGCAAGGUGCGCCUCUCCGUCUUCAAGGGCCAGGUCUACAUCUUGGGCCGGGAGUCCCCGCAGUCCCUGUACAACGAGGAGCUGGUGAGCAUGGACGUGCAAGGGGAUUACGAGCCCGCUGAUGCCACCGGCUUCAUCAACAUCAACUCACUCAGGCUAAAGGAAUAUCAUCGUCUCCAGAGCAAGGUCACUGUAAAGCAGAAUGAAUAGCAAUCAAUCGCAUGUGGGCCUCCCGCUCCCCUUUCUAAUUUCUCUAAGAACUAGCACUAAUUGUGGUGGUAAUUUGUAAUUGUAACUCGUCUCCCGGAGUCAACACCGAGGUGAUGGCUUUGUUACGGGGCGGCUGCCGCAAGUGAAAUGGAAUCAUUAAAAAGGUGGUCGGCCAGAAGAGAAGUGGGAAAAGAAAUUAAAACAGCCACGCGCUGGGUCUCUUCAUUGAGAGUGGGGCUUUAUUCUUUGCUUGUUUGUUUGCUCUUCUUGCGUUGAGUUGGCCAAACGCUUCCCCAAGCCGGGCUUUGUGAAAUUUGUAAUGGAUUAAGUGCCUCUGAAGGACGUGUGGGUUUUGUCGCAAUCGGUACCUUUUUAUUAAAGCGGGAAGGGGGAGAGAAAUCUUCCCCCAAGCAAGGCA